AUGCAUCCUUUUCAAGGACAUCGGGUGCUGGUGGCGGGUUUCAUUCUCUUAACGUUGCAGCUUCGGUUACACUGUGGCCAGGGCCAUGCGAUCGAACGCCAGGAUCCACCGAAACGAAGCCCCAAGCAUGGCCCAGCAUUGCUGCCUCCGAUCGAUUCGAAGGUGAAGCUCGUUGGCUUCAACCACGCGCUGAAUGAACGAUUGCAACGAGCCCGCAACGAGCUGGAACCGCUUCAGGUGCAAGCGACCCAGUUGCAACGACGCUUCGACGGUUUCCAGCGCGUCGCCCACGGGACUGUGGCGCAACGGAAGCAACGCGAAGGACUCCUCCGGGAGGCCCGCCGGCUGCGAACGGUCGUCGAGCGCAAAAUGCAGGACUUCGAACCGGUCGAACGGCGGUAUCGCAGCAUGAGGCUUCUACUCGUUCCAUCGACGUCAGGACUCCCGAGAGCCUGGUUCGACCGCGACACCGAGCGUCAGAUGGAGCUGAACGAGCGCAUCUACAAGAACAUCAUCGACCUGCUGGUGCACCUGAUCGAGUGCCCGGUCAACAUCAUCCACGACAUGGUGGGCCCGUCACCCGCGCCUCCUACACCCUCGGAACCCACCAACAAUGAGGACGAGACAACGCAGGACCUGCCCGAGGAUGUCGAGCCCGCAGACGGGACGGAACACGAACACGACGAGCCCUGGCUGGGGGAGUUUCAUUACUAACCCAUCUUCGGUUUCAACCCCACCCAGGUGGCAUCCCACGGCAGGUCCACCCAUCCCGGGGGUGAUGAUUGCCGGUGGAUCAACCUGGCAGCAACAGCUCAGCACCGACACGACGUUCGGGUUCAUGAAUUAUGCUUCCCAAGUCAGGCGGCGACGCGCGGAACUUACCGCCUGGCAUGGGCACGGUGCGUACCGAUGCCACCCCUGUUUACAACCCCCUGUGUGAGCACUCGAUACGCACCCAACACGCCUCCUGGCUUAUAAAUGUUGCAAAGUAGAGAAUUGUAUUAUUUUUUCAUCCCUCCGAAGCGGUGUUAUUAGGCUUAAACUAAUCAAACAGCAACCCAUUCGGGGCUUAUAGGGGA